AUGUUUGUCUUCAUAUUAAUUCUAAUAAUAUUCAGUAGUUCAUUCGUCAAUGGAGCCGAUCAGAAUACGUGUACCCCAAAUUCAAUACAAAAGAAUACAUCAACGAUUUUAAGUAAUCUUCGUCGAGAAAUGCAAAAUGAAGGUAUUGGUAUAUAUGUUAUUUUUUCUGAUGAUGAACACGGUAGUGAAUAUACACAACUGUAUGAUAGACGUCGUGAUUGGAUUACAGGAUUUAGUGGUUCAGCAGGAAUAGCAGUCGUUUCUUUGCGAACAGCAGCAUUAUGGACAGAUAGCCGAUAUUUUACUCAAGCUGAAGAACAACUUGAUUGUGCAAAUUGGCUUUUGAUGAGAGAUAGAAAUCCCGGUGUACCAACUCUUAUUAAUUGGUUAGUUUCCGAAGCAAAUCAAACAGCAUUACCACCAGGGACUACAACUGUAUUCACUACAACAUCAUGGUGGACAUCUGCUAAUACUGCAUUAAAAGAAAUUGGAAAAGAACUUCGUCCCGUUAAUGAUCUAGUCGAUCGUAUUUGGCCAGCUGGUGAACGACCAAAUCAAUCACAAAAUUCAAUUGUUACUCAUGAAAUUCAAUAUGCAGGAGAGACCGUCGCUCAAAAAUUAAAUCGUACAACAAAUGAAAUUAAACGACGUGGUGCAACAACAACUGUUAUAAAUGCUCUAGAUGAAAUUGCAUGGCUAUUCAAUUUACGUGGCUCUGACAUUCCAUAUAAUCCUUUUUUUAAAUCAUAUGCUAUAGUACAUGCUAAUUAUGAAGUUAAUCAACCUGAGUUAUUUGUUAAUUUAUCACAACUCAAUACUAAUCAACAUCCUCCGGGUGUUCGUCUAUUUGAUUAUUCCAUGUUUUGGUCACGUUUAAAUAUAACAGCUACCGAUACAAAUAUUAGUAGAAUUUGGGUGAGUGCUAAAGUAUCACAAGCUAUAUUAAGUUUGAUACCUAAUAAUAAACUCUUAUUGCCAUUAUCAAAUUCACCUGUACAACGUAUAAAAGCAAGAAAAAAUCCAAUAGAACGAAAAGGAAUGCAAGAUUGUCAAAUACGUGAUUCCAUUGCUCGUAUGAAACAUCUUGGAUGGCUUGAACAACAAUUGAAUGAUGGAAAAUCUGUCAAUGAAACACAAUCAUCUGAACAAUUACUUGUUUAUCAAAAACAACAAGUUAUAUUUCAAUUUCCAAGUUUUCGAACUAUAUCAGCAUCGGGUGAUCGAGCAGCUAUAAUUCACUAUUCAGCAACGCCAGACAAGGCUCGAUUAAUUACUAAAAAUGAAGUUUAUUUACUUGAUGCUGGUAGUCAAUAUCUUGAUUGUACAACAGAUAUAACACGAACACAUCAUUUUGGCAGUCCAAAAAAUCUAGAAAAACGUGCUUAUACACGUGUACUUCAAGGUGUACUUGAUAUUGCUGAUGCUGUUUUUCCUACUGGAACAUAUGGUCGAUCACUUGAUCAUCUUGGUCGUAUGCAUUUGUAUAGAGAUGGCAUGACCUUUGGACAUGGAAUAGGUCAUGGUAUUGGUCAUUUUUUGAGUGUACAUGAAGGUCCACAACGCAUUGCAUCUGCCUACAGUCAAUAUGAAGAAGCAUUAGCUGAUGAAAUGUUUAUUUCUAAUGAACCUGGAUUUUAUAAACCAGAUGACUUUGGUAUUCGUAUAGAAGAUGAUAUUGAAGUUGUAUUAGCAAACAAGAGUACAUAUGACAAUACACAAUAUCUACGUUUUAAUACAAUUACACUUUUACCAUACGAACGUUCAUUGAUUGAUGUUACAUUAUUAACAAAUGCACAGUUAAAUACUAUUAAUCAAUAUCAUACAAAAGUGGCACAAGUUUUAGAACCAUUACUUUCAGGCGAUGAGGCAGCUUUAAAUGCAUUGCGUUCUCGUACGGCAAGAAUAGAUCUUCCAUCAACAACAACCUCGAAUUCACCUUCAUCAACAACAACCUCGAAUUCACCUUCAUCAACAACAACCUCGAAUUCACCUUCAUCAACAACAACCUCGAAUUCACCUUCAUCAGCAACAACCUCGAAUCCACCUUCAUCAACAACAACCUCAACGUCACCUAAUAGAGCAUUUAUGAGCAUUAGUUCACCAUCUCUAAUAACUUUCGUUUUGAUUUUAAUACAUUUAUUUUAA